GUUUUUAUAUAGGCCUUACUAAAAGGAGACUAAGAGACAGGGUAGCUGAACAUAGAUAUGCCAUUCGGACUGGAAAUAUGAACUAUCCAAUGGCCAAACAUUAUAUAGACGCAAAACAUGGGAGUGAUUCGACCCUAAGAGUAGUGGGCAUUGAGGCUGUUCGCCUGGAUGCCAGGGGUGGGGAUAUCAUCAAACGCCUUAAACAAAGGGAGACAUAUUGGAUCUAUUCCUUGAGGGCUACUAGUCAUCCAGGUCUUAAUGAAGACUUUGACCUCUCACCUUUUUUGUAAAAGUUGUGUCUCAAUAGGGACAGUGUAUUGUUGUCCGUGAAUGUUGACUGUUCUUUUAAUGUACUGUAAUGCCCAUAAUAAUAUUUUUCUCCUGUUGCUUUGGAACUAUCUUGACAAUGAAUCCAGAAGUAAGAUGGGUAACUAGCCUCUACACAUUUAUUUGACUUUAUGGAUAUAAUUGUGUGGAGUACACAAGAUGUUUGUAUUGGUGUUACUCUCUCCUGUUUUUUUUUUUUUUUGUUUGUUUUUUUUCUUCCACUUGGAGAUCCCUUAUCUUGUAUUUGUAUGGUUUGAUCUUUGGUAUUAGCCAUUAUCUGAACUAUUGCCUCUAGUGGCCAAAAAAUUGUGUUACAAGUGCCAGAGUGGCACACCUGAAACCAAUGCAACUAUAAGUACUGCGUGAUUCUGUCUGUUUGUUACCAACACCCUGAUGAAGGCCAAUGGGCCGAUACGCGUUGGUGUUUUAAUGCUUUAGCCCAACCAUUAAAGGCUUUUUAACUUUUGCAUCCUAUUGAGUGCCUGGACUUGGAUUUUUUUCCAAAAUCUUUUUCUAUAUUUAACCCUUCCAAGAGCACCAGAGGAUACAAGGGAUUCCAGCAGCGCUCCAGUUCUCUUUUGUUUAGUCUUAUGAGGAUCAAUUUGGGUGACCCUGGACAGGAGCAGCUCCGUUUUAUUUUUUGAACGUUGAGGACCCACUAUAAUAUCAACAUGGCCACUAACAAAUCUUUCUCCUACACUAAGGAUGAGGGCAAAGCUAUCAUUGUAGAAGACACUCUUCUGGAACUGGACUUUGACCAGGAACAUGCACAGAGGACAGAUACACGUAAACUGCACAUUGAUCUUCAAAAACUUUCUGAAAAAGAGGUGAAGCUGAAUCUUCAUAUCAUUACCCUAUCUGACUACUGGAGGCAGGACAUGAUCCCAAGAGGUUUGAGAUUGAAUAAAUUUCCCUCAUUUGGCUAUGAUAAUGUGGAUUUUAAGGAUAAAUGGGAAGCUAUUCUUAAUAAAUGCUCCCUAGACUUAAUCCUCUUGUUAAUUGAAGAAGCCAGAAAGCAGAAGUCAGUUGUACAAUCUCAUAUUGAGGAUUUGAAAUCUCAGCUCAUCCAGACAGAAUCAGAGGAACACAGGUUGCCUUUUGAAAAUAAACUAAAAGAAGAUCUUGAUAAAUUGUCAACAAAAUUGAAACAAGGCAAAAUAAUCAAAUUUAAGCGAGACUGUAAUGACUAUAGUAAUUGUUCUAUAUAUGGCUGGGGCAAGAAGGGACACCUGACAAAAAGAAGAGUGUCUUUUAAUCUUCCAAGCACUGAUGAUGAGAAUUAUGAUGAAACUCAUGACCGUGACAAAAUUGCUGAUGUGUAUGACAGAAAUGCUUUUUUGGAAUCUCGCCCCAGACAGCACAACCAACCUUACAAAAGAGGAAGAGGAAAACGCGGAGGGGUGGAAAGUGGCAGAACCCACUCUCAGGAACCACCAAUCACAAGGAGCCGGUUGAAGCAUCGGUAGACCAUUUGACACCAAAGUGGACCUCUAUCGAUUCUAUAGAAGUCUACAUUUGAAGGCCUGGUACUCCCAGAACGCACAGGGUGCAGCUACCUACUCAACCACCACGG